CGACACCAUCCCUCCCCACCAACAAGAGCACCACAGCUCGGAACAAAACGAAACCCCAAAAUGGAGGACGAAGACAUCGCCGCCGCCAUGGGAUUUUCCUCCUUCGGCGGCACAAAGAAGCGAAAAUUCGACCAAACCAACCCACCCAGAGCCAAGGCUGACGCCAGUGGAGCCAACACCACCUCCUUAGGAGUCAGGCCCAAGGCAGUGGUAGCGGAGGAUACUGACGAGCCCGGAGACACGAAAGAUGUCGAUAUGACCACAGAUCUGGCGGAGGCCGCUCCACAAUCGCACCCACGCCCACCUCCAAACACCAAGGGCAAACAAAAGCAGUCAGCAGCCACAGGUCUCGCCAGUUUUCUAGCUCGUGGCCAGAAUCUCCCUGACAAGGCUCCGGGCACAGAAGGGUCCCAGACUACUAUCCAACCGGUGCGAGAGGAGCCAAGCCCCGAGUAUAUGGUAUCCUUUGGCGGCCCUGCGAUCCCACGGGCCGAGCUGUAUGCUCUGCGUAACGGCGUCAUGGACGAGAAUGGAGAUACCGCGUACUUUUUGCCGAGCUUUGUCGAGGAUCCGUGGGAGAACCUGACGAAGGGCCGGCAAUGAGUUCCACGUCACUCGCUGCUUCGCCAUAGGGGUUCUCAUAGUUAUUGACUCUUUGUAUCUUCGACCG